CGCCCACCUAUCAGAACUUCCAAGAAGUGCGCGUCUCUGUCCGAGUUCCUAGUUCGCAGUGCGAAGCGGAAGGAUCACAUUGUUCCUCCUGGUAAACCGUAACCGAUUCUCUUCUGGUCCAUCAUGUUCCCCAAAUCUGAUGUGUUGAGUCAAGAUGAUCUGCGCAAAAAGCUGUACCAGACGUUUAAGGAUCGGGGUGUACUGGACACACUCAAGACACAACUCAGAAACCAGCUGAUUCACGAACUGAUGCAGCCUGUUCUAAAUGGUAAAGUGCAGUCCCCAUCCAUCUCAGUGGAAGAGAGCGCCCUCAUAAUAGGAGCUUCCAACUCUCUAGUGGCCGAUCACUUACAGAGAUGUGGCUAUGAGUAUUCGCUUUCUGUCUUCUUUCCGGAAAGUGGUUUGGCAAAAGAAAAGGUAUUUACUAUGCAGAAUCUAUUGCAUCUUUUUAAAAUCAGUCCUGAAUCCAGUCUCUACAAGUCACUGAUUUCAGGAUUUGAUAAAGAAAACCAAAAAGCUGCUGUGAGUGCCAGGCCACGGCCUAGACUUGAUGGACUUGGUACUAUGAACUUCAGAAAGACGUCUGGUCAACGUAUACCAGCUUCACCCAGCCUCCUAAUAAAAUCCCUGAAAGUAAGAAAAACUGUUGUUGCAGACACGUCAGGAUUUCUUAUGCAAUUUCUGAAAGAACUGGCAGAAUAUCAUCAGAAUAAAGAAAGUUGCAAUAUGGAAACCCAGACAAGUUCAACAUUUCCCGUCAAAGACUCUCUUGCGGAGAAGCUUCAGCUUAUUGACAAUGAGUUUGCCGGUGCUUGCCCUCAGCAGCCAAAGUUAGAAUCCUUAGAAGUCAAGUUAAACGAAUAUAAGAGGGAAAUAGAACAGCAGCUACGGGCAGAAAUGAGUCAGAAGUUGAAAUACUUUAAAGAUACUGAAAUAGUGAAAGUUAAAAUGGAGGAGAAAAGGAAGUGUGAGGAGGAGUUUGCUGAGUUGCGGAAUGAAUUUGAGAGAAAUUGUCAAGCAAAAUCUGAAGCCCUGAUGUCUCAGGAAAAGAUAACCCUUGAGAGAAUUCAAAAGCACCAGGAGAAUGAAACAAAAGAAAUCUAUGCUCAAAGGCAGCUUCUACUAAAAGACAUAGAUUUGCUGAGAGGCAGAGAAGCCGAGCUGAAGCAAAGAAUUGAAGCCUUUGAAUUGGCCCAGAGGCUGCAAGAAGAAAAAAAUAAAAGCAUGACUGAUGGACUGAGGAGACGGGAGUUGAAUAUAAAGAGCAUUGAGGAGACCUAUGACCGAAAGCUCAAGAACGAACUUCUAAAGUAUCAACUUGAACUGAAGGAUGACUACAUCACUAGAACCAGGAGACUGAUCGAAGAUGAAAGGAGAAAUAAAGAGAAAGCUAUACAUUUGCAAGAGGAACUUUCAGCUCUUAGUUGUAAAAAGGAAGAACUUGAUCGUUCUAGAAACCGUGUGAAAGAACUCGAGCUUGAGUUGGAGUCUGUCAGAGCGCAGUGUUUGGCAUUAACAGAGCAAAACCACAUGCUAAGCGAGAAGGUUAAAGAGACGAGUGAUUAUUCUCUACUGAAAGAAGGAAAACUGGAGCUUCAGGCACAAAAUAAACUACUUAAACAACAAAUGGAAGACAUGAAAAGUGAAAACAUGCAUAUCCUAAACCGCAUAGCUCAGCCAUCUCCCGAACUGCUGAUUUUUCAGAAAGAAUUAAAGAAAGCAGAAAAUUCUAUUGCGUUUGUGCAGAAGGAGUUUGAAAUUCACAAGCAAGCUCUACAAAAACAGCUUGAAAGCGAAAUUGAGCACUCCACCCAGCUGAAGGCCCAGGUAUUAGAAUAUGAUGCUUCUAUCAAGAGGUUAACUACACAGGUUUCAAUUUUAAAAUCACAACUAAAACAAACUCAGACAGCACUAGAGAACGAAGUGUACCGCAACCCAAAGCACUGUCUGCUGAAUCGCUCCAUCAGCGGGUUAAUGAGCACCAGGGUGGUGCCUCGUGAUGGCGACAUCAGUGGGGAUUCCUUGAAAAAUCCUCUGAGACAAGAGGAGGUGACAGCAGGCCCAGUUGCACCGCGGAUCCCCAAAUACCCAAAUGCCAGCGCAGAGGGCAGUUCCCCUGAUUCCGACCUCGAGUUUGUAGCCAGGACCAAGGUAAGGGUGAGAGAGCUGGAGCAGGAGGCAGAGCGCCUGGAAAAAGCUUUCCAGAGCUACCAUCAAAGGGUCCGUCAGUACCCUGCCAAGAGCUGCUUGGCAGCCAGGAGCCCACCCCCACUGCAUCUGCUGGGGACUCUUAAGAACAUCACUGCAGCUGUUCCCGAGAGGUGUGUGUUUGUGGAUGCCAGAGUCACCUCUCAGCAGCCUCCAGUGAGCACGCGCGGAGGGGACGAGAGCCAGGUAUCCGAGGUGCCCAGCAGCAUGGCCUCAAGGUCACACGAGAGCAUAGCCUCCAGACGGCUCUCCUCCACGCCACUCCCCAAAUCGAGAAGCCGUGAUAGUGAAAUGUACCUAGAAGGUCUGGGCCAGUCCACUGUGACUGCCGCCUGUCCCGACAGAAAGCCACAGCCUUCGCCUGCCGAGUCCCGGCACAACCUCUCUGUGCACUCACUGUCCAGCCCUCUGGAGCAGAAGGCCAGUCUUUAUCAAAGACCUACAGAACUUCAAGACAAAAGUGAAUUUUCAAAUCCGGACAAGCUUGUUUUUAAGGAUAAUGAGGAAUUUGAACCAUCUUUUGAAUAUGGACGGAGUGUGCCAAGGCAGUUCGAGAGAGAUGGCCUCCAUCAUGCUGGCAACAUGCCUCAUGUGGGCGGCGCUACAGCCCCUGUGCCCACCAGGCCCAUCUCGUUUCAGUACUCGGGUGUCAACCAGAAAUCGCUUGGAGAACAGAAGGAAGAAGAAAAACUCCAAGAACAGCAGGCAAGGGGACGAAGGCAGGAAGAAGAGCAGAGGCAGAGCGAGUGGCGGGAAACUCUGCAGAGGGAGCGGCGAAAACUUGAGAAGCUGGAUCAACAAAGGAGGCUAAUUGAAAAAUCAUUGAAGUUGGAUAUUGAAAGAGAAUAUGAAUCAGGUGUUCAGGAAAUGAAAGACAAAUCUAAAUCUGCUUGUGGUGAAAAUCCUCUAGAGAAAUACAUGAAAAUCCUGCAACAGAAUCCAGACCAGGACACCACGGACAAGAGUUCCAAAAAGGUGUUCAGAGAGAGCUCACAAUUGGACACGCUGCCAUCUAGUGACAAAGAUGAAAGUUUUUCAGCCUUUUCCCAUGAGGAACCAGAUGACAUUUGGUAGCCGUGUUUGCUGCCCAGCUUCUUACUCCGAUAUCAUAAUUAACGGCCUGUGAGUUCUCUGUAGUGAGACAAACUGCUCAAUAAAAAUCAUGUGAAAUCCA